CACCACCACCACUAUCACCUCCUCCUUCUCCUACCCCACCCCCCUACACCUCACCUCCCCCUUUCCUCCGUCCUCGUCACCCACCCGCCCCCUUUCUCUCCUGCUCCCUCGCCCCUUCAUCUCCAGUCUGAUUCUGUUGUCUCGGCGGCGAGCUGGUCUGGGAGGAAGGAUCUCGCGAGUCUUGGAGUUUUGGUGAGAGUUUGUGGAAGAUGGCGCCUGUUGUGACAGGGAAGUUUGGGGAGCGCCCUCAACCACAGCGCCUAACGAGAGAAGCAAUGCGGAACUAUCUGAAGGAGCGAGGAGACCAAACCGUUCUGAUCCUGCACGCCAAGGUUGCACAGAAAUCCUACGGCAACGAGAAAAGGUUCUUCUGUCCUCCUCCGUGUGUGUAUCUGAUGGGCUGUGGCUGGAAGAAGAAGAGGGAGCAGAUGGAGAGAGAUGGCUGUUCGGAGCAGGAGUCUCAGCCCUGCGCCUUCAUUGGCAUCGGCAACAGUGACCAGGAGAUGCAACAGCUUAACCUGGAGGGAAAGAACUAUUGCACCGCCAAAACAUUGUACAUAUCGGACUCAGACAAGCGCAAGCACUUCAUGCUGUCCGUACGCAUGCUGUACGGCAACAGCGCCAACAUCGGAGUCUUCCUCAGCAAACGCAUCAAGGUCAUCUCCAAGCCUUCCAAAAAGAAGCAGUCGCUCAAGAAUGCUGACUUGUGUAUAGCGUCAGGAACAAAAGUGGCGCUGUUCAACAGACUGCGCUCUCAGACGGUCAGCACGCGCUAUCUACAUGUGGAGGGAGGGAACUUCCAUGCCAGCUCACAGCAGUGGGGAGCCUUCUAUAUUCACCUGUUGGAUGAUGAGGAGUCAGAGGGUGAGGAGUUCACUGUGCGGGAUGGUUAUAUCCACUACGGCCAAACCGUCAAACUCGUCUGCUCCGUCACGGGAAUGGCCCUGCCUCGACUGAUCAUCCGCAAGGUGGAUAAACAGACAGCCUUGUUGGAUGCGGACGACCCCGUGUCUCAGCUCCAUAAGUGUGCCUUCUACCUAAAGGACACGGAGAGGAUGUACCUGUGCCUUUCCCAAGAGAGGAUCAUCCAAUUUCAAGCCACUCCAUGCCCAAAGGAACCAAAUAAAGAGAUGAUCAACGACGGCGCCUCUUGGACAAUCAUCAGCACGGAUAAAGCAGAAUACACGUUUUAUGAGGGAAUGGGUCCGGUCCAGUCAUCUGUCACACCUGUGCCUGUGGUAGAGAGCUUACAGCUGAAUGGUGGAGGUGAUGUAGCAAUGCUGGAGCUAACAGGACAGAACUUCGCACCAAACCUGCGAGUGUGGUUUGGAGAUGUGGAAGCAGAAACUAUGUACAGGUGUGGCGAGAGCAUGUUGUGUGUAGUUCCGGACAUUUCGGCGUUCCGCGAGGGAUGGCGGUGGGUAAGGCAGCCCGUGCAGGUUCCGGUGACACUGGUACGGAAUGACGGGAUCAUCUACUCCACCACGCUGACCUUCACGUACACGCCAGAGCCGGGGCCCAGACCCCACUGCAGCGCGGCAGGGGCCAUCCUGCGCUCCGGCAGCAGCGACCUGCUGGCCACCAGCAGGAGCGGCGUGGGGGGGAACGCAGACACAGCCGUCUACGGCACCAACAGCACGCCAAACUCCGUCACAGCAUCGUCCUCCAACGCCACAGCCGCCGUGGUGUCAUAACGUACACGGGAACACUUUACAGAACUCGAAAUGUGGAAACAAAUUACCAACAGCAACAACAAAAAAGAGACUACGAGACUUUUGUUUUUUAUAAAAGUGCUGCAUAUUGAUUUCAAAUCCGGAAACAUUUGACAAAGAAAAGAUGGAAUGACGGAAUUACAGAAUACCAAGACUAAAGAUGAAGGGAAAAGUCGGAGGGGAAUUUUUGACUUGUAUGCCUUUGUGCGUGCGUGUGUGUGUGUGGAAUGGUGCUUUGUGGGAUGGACACAAAAGCCAAAAAAAAAAAGAGGCAAGAAGCACCUGCACCCGUCAACACGACACAGGAAAUGAGGAGCAACCCACAGCAACGACACACCAGCCCUGUACAAUAAAAACACACAAAAACAACGGUUUAAGAAAGAAGUUCCUAAAGUUUUCCCCUCUCACCCGAGCUUCUUCCUUUCUCGCCCUCAGUCCUGGGUGGUGUGUGUCAUUGCCUGUGGGUAGAAGAUUCGUGGACCCAUGAUGUGGACACGUGUGAGGAGGGAUCACGUCCAAAUUGUAAGAGUUACAUAUAGUUUUUAUGGACCAACGUUAUUGUAUAAGCUUUAGUAAUGGUACAUUUUUCUCCAUACCUUUUUUGUAUCAAAACAUAAUAUAGUAUGCUUUUGUUACCAAAUAGAUUCUGUUCCUAUUCUGAGCUUUUUACACUUUUUUUUGUUUUUGUUUUGUUUUGUUUGUUUUUAAUUAUUAAUUUGAUUGAUGUUACUUUCUAGGGGUGUUUGGAUGAGGUUUUUGGGUAGGGAUGGGGCCUUGGGCCUUCGUCUGGCUUUUGUAUAAAGCUUCUUUCAUCUCUUCUCUUCAGCGAACAGCUGCUUUUCACCUUUUUGGGCGGACUUCUGAAAAACACUUCCGUUUUUGAUACUUUUCCAUUUUUAAAACAAAACUUUUACCUUUCUUUGUUUCUUUUUUCUGUGUUUUUUUUUUUUUCGCUUUGGGAAAAAAACUCAGAGGGUCUAUUUUUAUUUUUUUUUAUACACAAAGUCUUUGAAAAGAACAAAACAAAAAAGCUUUAAGCAACGCCUCUGCCUUGCCUGCAAUAUGAUUGAAUAUGUGAAUAUGCUCCCUUUAAGGAUUUUGUACCGUGUGCAAGUGUGGAUGUGUGUGAGUGUGAGAGUCUUCAAAGCGCAAAAAAGAACAGCGCCAUCUUGUCCUCCUCUCUUCCUUAAAAAAAAAAACACAACAAGAAAAAAAUAAAAAAAUGGUGAAUCCAGACACCACCACUCGCAAUACUGAGGCCUACAGUAGGUUUUACAUCAACUAGUUCACUCAUCGAAUCCAAACAGUAGCCAUAGGUUAGAGUCAGUAGUAGUGUACAGUUCUAGCAAAGAACAAACAGAGAGUAUGCCACAUAUCUGUGAUCUGUAGUGUUCGUAAUUGUCACAAUUUUUUUUCUUUGAAUAGAAAUUGCUGCGGUUCCUGCAAAUGUUUUUCAAGCUCAUUUUGUCUUCCUACACUUCCGAAUUGUUUUGUUACAAAAACGACUGAACUAUUCCACUGGAUCAAGUCAUAUCCUUCAUUAGACGUGGCCUUACUGUAACACCGUGGUUUUAGAGUGCAGUUCACGCCUUACAAACGUGGCCUGUGAACUAUGAGCUCUUAAGCUCAGCCUAGUAUAGUUUUUUUUUUUUAAGAUUAAGACACACCCUUAAAUUUAAUAUGUUGUCAGAUUUCAUUUGAUGAACAUUGAAAUGUUUUGCUCUCAUAUGAACAUACCCAAAGAUAUUGUGAUACAUGGCUGUUUCUGUUUUUUGUACGUUUUGAAGAGUGUGUUGGCACCCGUGGCCUCUUAUCCACCAAAAGUAGGGAGCUUUAUCACAUCAGUGUAUUGAUUUUUGUUUCUUUGAUUUUUCCUUUCUCGUGGCCUUGCUAACACACUAAUGUAUAUCCAGAAUUAUCAGUGGCAACUAGGAGUGACUAACAAAUCAGCCUGCUCUAGUAGUUUUGUAAUAUUUUGUAAUAUUUUCUUUUUUUGGUCUUUCCUUUGUACAGUAAUUUAACUUGUAAGGACCAUCAGUAUGCUUCCUUUUGUUUAUUUUAAUAAUUUUUUUUUUAAACCCUCUUCCCCUCUGAAUCUAGCAGCUUCCUGUGGUAUUUCUUGUCAGUGCAGUUUGGUGUGUGUGUAUGCGUGCGGUGUCCAAAUUUGUCACUUCCUCUCCUGUAUAGCUUAUCUGUCUAUAUCGUCCUAAUAGUAAUGGACAAGGGACUAGAGACGUGUCCACUUGAUGAUGAACUCAAUGGCCUUUAGAUGCGUGUUUUGUCUUUCAAAGAUAUAUGCAUACAGCAAUAUUGUAUAGGUCACGUUCUGUGUCUUGGUCUGUGGGUAAUAACCACUGAUUUUCACCAGCCUGAUCCACGUUUUUGUGGCUACGAUGAACAGCACACUCGUCUUGAGUCGAAUUAACUUUGCUUCACGCUCCACCACUUUAAAAAAGAAAAAAGAAAAGAAGAAACAAAAAAAGUGAUUUAUCUACAAUUUUUGGUUUAUUAUUUUUGGAUUUAUGUUUAGAAGAACAAAAGCAACCACCCUGCCAUGAUCAGGCCUGACCUUGAAUCGGACUUUCUUGAAGGCCCAGGACAGUCAGUGAGAACCAUUUGUGGAGCUCCAGCUUCCUUCGUUUACAUCACUGCUUGUAAACACAAAUAAGUAAAAAUCAUGCCAAGCCAGCAUCAACGAAACGCUCAAGAAAAAAGUCGGUGGUUGAUGGACAGAUGCUUCAGAAUGGACAGUCUUCAGUCUUCAGACAGUCUUCCUUGCUGGCUGGAUCUGUCAUUGAUAGUGAUGUGGUUGAACAAUUCAACAAGGCAAUAUUUUAUUGUUUUGUUUUUCUUUUUUUAAAGAAUGGGUGUCAUGAGUGCACUUCCCGGGAAAACUGUAAUUUGAAUAUUUGUAUGUCGUGAGUAAUAAUCUUCAGUAACCCCCCUCCAGAGAGAUCCAUUCAGGAAACCAGAGAACUAGUUUUUUUGUAGGUAUUGCUACAGCAGAGCCUCGUCAGACAACGAAACAAAAGCAUGUUGCUACAAGUGCUACAGUAAAAUGUCCAGUAUAUUUCCAAAUGUUUGUGAACACCCCUUUCUCAAUUUCAGUAGUGGCUUUAGCUUCGGACAGAAGUGUAUCUGCAAAGCGAACCCUCCUUCGCUAUCAGCAGCCGGAGCCAGAGAGAGAGCACAACUGGCCAUACUCUUGUCUGGGUGGCUAGAUGCCACUUUCACUUCCCAAAUUCAACACUUCAAUAGUGAUGUUGGUCAGCACAGCUUUUUUUUCGGCUGAAUAAUCAGAGCUGGAGAUCUGGCACUUUCCUCAGAGUUCAUUGGCUACACUUCUGGCAGUUCGAAAGGACACAGUGGAUGACUUCAAAUGUAUCAGGGCAGGCAUGGGUUAACUAGUUAAGUUAAAUUGAGCAGAAUUGGUUACCACAUGUGAUUCCAAAUGUCAACAAGUAGAUUGAUUAAGUGUUUGUGAUUCAGGACCAGUCACCUGACGCAAGUACCUGACCUAAUUUACAAAUCUCUUGGCCAAAGCUGGUUGCAUUUAGGUCUUCACCACAGAGGUGUCCACAAUCCUGUGGAAUCAGAUCGUCUUUCAACAACAAGUAGAACAAAUAGGGUGCCCUACCUCGACUAAAGCCCAAACUUUGGAACGCAGCUAUUGAUAGCAUUGGAAUCAGCAGGUGUCCACAAACCUUUGGACAUAUAAUGUGUAAUCUGCCAUAAAGUUUCCAGUCAAACUCUCAGCUAACAUCUCAUCAUCUCUAAUAUUCAGCUCUAGACCUGGACAGUCACGAGGCUGGUUACACCUUUCCUGACUGGAACUUUUGAGUCUGGAAGAUUAGCGGGGUUUAACGCAAGUUCUGUUCUUCCCUUGUUGAAUUUUGUUUUUUGUACGAAUAUGAAAACUAGCUUUAAAGUGUAUUAUUGCAAUAUUUUAAAUUAUUCUUGAAAUUGUCUCCCCGUUUAAUGUGGUGUUAUAUUGAUGAAAAAAGUGCUUUAAGGCCAGGUUGCCUUCGAUGUGGAGAGAGUCCCCUAAAUGUUUAAAUUUGUAUUUUUUUGCCCGUUUUAUGAUCAUGUUAUUUUCUGUUUUAUAUCAUUUCUGAAGCGUUCACUCUGUUACGAGGAUGUGUUUGCUCAACUUAUGCCUCUACUUUUUGUUUCAUCUUGAAUUAAAACGGUGGCAAGUUUCAUUCAACUGUUCUUUGAAGAAGCCUAAAUGACAAUCCUAGCUGGUUUUACUGUUUACAUUUGACCUUUUCCUUGUUUGUGAUGAUGGUGUGGAGCUUUAGAAUGAAGGACUUGUCUAGAAAGACUUUACGACUUUAAUCUGGAUCAGCCGUGUUUCACAACACUUACAAACUGUAACUCCUGACUGAACCGAACGCAUGUAUAUUAGUGACAUCCAGCCAAUAGCGCUUCAUGAGUCUUCGAGUUGGUAGAGAUAGUAACAGCAGUCCAAUGUUAAAAACGUUACUCAGCCUUCCUUUUUUUCUUUCAGUCAGAACUGAGCCCUGAGCUUCUGUUCCACAGUGUGAGAGUUACGUCAUUCAGUACACUGUUAGUGAUUAGUGCACUGGUUACCAUUCAGUGUGUUGGUUACGUUGUUCAGUGCAUUUGUAACGUCAUUCUGUGUGCUGAUCUCGUUGUUCACCAGGCUGCUUACGAUGUUCAGUGCUCUGGUUACGUUGUUAGGACACUGCUUACAAUGUUCAGUGCACUGGAUACAUUGUUCUGUGCUCUGGUUACAAUGUUCAGUACACUUGUAACAUCGUUAUGUGUGCUGAAUAAGCCGUUCAGUGUGUUUGUUACAUUGUUCAGUGCAUUUGUAACGUCCUUCUGUGUGCUGAUUUCGUUGUUCAGUACUCUGGUUACAUUGCCUAAUGCAUUUGUUGCAUUGUUCAGUAUGCUGGUUAGGACGUUCAGUGCUCUGGUUGUGACAAUUAAUUCUCUGGUUACAUCGUUCAAUGCACUGGUUACGAUGUUGAGUGCUCUGGUUACAAUGUUCAGUGCACUGUAACAUAGCUCAGUGCAUUGGUAGCAUCAUUUAGUGCACUGGUUACGAUGUUCAGUGUGCUGGUUACGAUGUUCAGUGCACUAGUUACGAAGUUCAGUGCACAGGUUACGUUGUUCAGUGCUCUGGUUAUGUUGUUCAGUGCUCUGAUUACGAUACGCUCAGUGCACUGGUAGCAUCAUUCAGUGGUCUGGUUACGAUGUUCUGUGGGCUGGUUAUGAUAAGUGCACUGUAACAUCGUUCAGUGCUCUGAUUACAAUACUCAGUGCACUGGUUACGUCACUCAAUGCACUGGUAGCAUCGUUUAGUGGUCUGGUUACGUCGUUCAGUGCUCUGUUUACAACAUUCAGAGCGCUGGUUACAUUGCUCAGUGCUCUGGUUCAGUUGUUCAUGUGUCCACUGAUUUCAUUAUAUUACUCCUUUACUCUGUUCUUUCAAAAGCAUCUGUUUUUAUGAUGUUUGAUCUGUGUGCGUGUCCUCUAAAAUGCCAAAUGACUUUUUAACUUAGAGUUUCAUGCACUGCUUAAGAGAAAAAACAUGGCAGCAGAGGCAGCUUUGAAAAUGAUAUCUUUAAGAGUGUUGGAGAAGAGCAGACGAGUCUGAGAAAGAAAAGAACAAGCUUCUCUUUUCUUUUAUUUUCAUUCUUUUAUUCUUUCUCGAUCUUGCUUACCUUCUCUGCACUCUUGCUUUUUUUUUCUCCUGUUUAUGCAUGCUCUCCUUUUUUCUUUAUUUUUUUCUUUUUCAACUCUUGCUUACUUUCUAUUUCUAAUUCUUGCUUUUUCUGUUGGAGAGUUUCUAACGCUCUCGCUUACAUUCUUUUUGUAUUGCUCUCACUCACUUUUGUUUAAUUUACUUUUACUUACACUCUCUCUAGUCAAGCGUUACUCUUGCUAUUUUUUACUUGCUCUCACUCAGUUUUAUUUUUGGUUUCUCUCAUUUUACAUUUUUUUUGUUCUCACUUUGCAUUCUCUCACACUCUUUUCACACUUCUUUUCUUGCUCUUAUUCACUUUUAUUCUCGCUUCCUAUGAUGGAGCAUGUCUCUGGCUGUUGCCUACAUUCUUUUCUUUUGCUCACUUUCUCAUUCCCUUUUCUCUCUCACCCUCUCUUUGCUCUCUAUUGCUGACUUUUAUGUACGGCUCAAUGUUUGUGUGUGUGUGUCUGUUGGUUACACUUGGUCAGAACAGCAGAUGGACAGACUGAAUAGUUCAGGCUUGGUUGGUAGAUGGUUUCUCUGUGAUAUUUUUGCACUUAUUCAUUGUUCUCCUUGCCUCAUGUAUCUACAUGUACCUGCAGAGAAUCUUUAAAAAAAAUGUUUUCAUUGUAAACAAGCUCUUGCUUACAUUUCCUAUUUCAUACCACUCACAUUAACCCCCCCCCCCCUCCCUCUCUCUCUUAGUGUAUUGUUCUAGUGGUAACAAGCAGAGGUGUUGGUAUGGUAGUGGUAUCAGUCCUGACAGUAGGAUCCUGUGCCGUCUGUGAUAUUUUAGCAAUAACGUGAAACAAGGGGACAGUUUUUUUUUUUAUUAUUAUAUAUAUAUAACAUUUAUAGUUUCUUUCAGUUGUCUGUUUUGUACAUAUUGCACCUGCUCAGUUCCAUGUCAUUAAAGGAAUAAAAAAAACUUGCAAUAUUGGCAUAAAAAUCCAGAAAUAAAAAAGUGAGAAAUACCCUGA